CAAGAACGACCGAUCCAACCAUGCCUCGUCUUGUCGCGGUUCUUCCGGUGGUCAUGUUUUCCAUUUGCCGGCUCUCGCUGGUGCUCGCCACGCCACCUGGAGGAAGCAGGAUUCGGGCGGCGUCAGCGCCGGGCACCGCCUCGAAUAAGUGGCACGGUACUAGGCACCCCCGAAGCAGGAGCACUCCGAGGAGUAGCGCCGGGGAGUACGAAAAGUUUUUGCAAAGUCUCUCGGAACAGGAACUGAACGUGGAGUUUAUAAACGUGGUUUUUUCGCUGUCCGGCGAGGGUGAGGAAGGCGAUCGAUCCGAAAGGAACCGGGGCGGCACUACCACUUUUCUGGAUGGUCUGUCUGUCGACGAUCUAUUGGGACCGACGCUGGCGGCGAAGCGUCAAGAGAUCGAAGCCGCGGGCCGCAAAGUAUCCUCCAGUUUUCCCGGUUUCGACGUACCCGCCAAACACGAUUCGCCGCUUUUUCAGCGGGUUUUUCACGCGUUCCUCAAAAAUGAGGACCUCCAGACCGGAGCUUCCACAGCUGCAGGCACUCGUGCGCAACGCGAUGACGUACUGAAACGGGCAGCACUCUUCGGCGAAUUCAAAGAAAGGACGAAGAGUGGACCGUAUGAAGGGACGAAAUUGUUUAAGUUUUGGACAGAAUUCAUUGCUACGCGGCUCGCGCCAAGGAUGGACGCGAAAAACUGGAGCAAUGGAUAUAUCACUUUCCCGGACCCGCUGCAUCGUAUUCGUCGUAACUGGGAUCA